AUGGCAAACGAGCCGUCCCUACGACGGAAACUUUCGACAUCAGACAUCAGACAUCAGACAUCAGACAUCAGACAUCAGACAUCAGACAUCAGCACCAGCAUCAGCAUCAGCAUCAGCACCAGCGUCAUCAUCAGCAUCAGCAUCAGCCUCCUCCCCUCUCACAAACCCUCCCCUUUUUUGAACCAAGCCUUGCCCACCCCCUUCGCCAAAAUGCUCUCCGUCAAAAACAUCCUCUUCCUCGCCGUUGCCGCCGCCGGCUCCGUCAUCAAGCGCGACGUCAGCCAGACCAAGUCCAACCUCAAAACCAUCAACUCGGACACGCAGAGCGUCACCUCGGCCGUCAACGACUACAACGGCGGGGGGAUGUUUGCCGCCAUGCCCAUCAUAAACGCCGAGCAGACGCUCGACAACGACAUUCAAAGCGCCACCAACAACGCCAACAAGCUGGGCACCAUAAGCACGGCCGACGCCAAAGCCCUCAUUGACUACAUCGGCAACACCAUCCAGCCCAGCAUGAGGACCGCGCUCAAGGCGCUCAAGUCCAAAAAGCCCCAGUUUGACGCUGACCAGCUCACUGGCGUCGUGCACGACACUCUCCAGUCCCUGCAGUCUGACACGGACAAGCUGGCUGAUGCUCUGAUCAAGGCCGUUCCCGCUAGCCAAAAGAGCCAAGCCAAGGCUCCCAAGGAUAAGAUUGAUGCCGACUUUAACGACGCCAUUGCUUAUUUCUCCUCCUAG